AUGGUGCUGCUGUGGGGGGCUAGAUGUAUGGUCCACUGCUUAACGGUGUGUGCUGUAGCAGUAUAUUCCAUGAAUGUCUCUGAGAAAUGCACCCAGGACACCAGGACUUUUCUCUCAGAGCUAAACAAGGACCUGCCCAGUGAAUAUGCUGCUUUAAGUGAGUACUUGACCUCUAUUUGAAAAAUAAAAGGUUUUCUUAUUGUUGAGAUGUGAUUGAAGAAAGAAAGGACUGACUAUUUACAGUUUAGCAAAAAGGCUUUAUUUGAUCCUUUUCUCAUGGUCUGGUUACUUACAACAAAUAUUUUAGGCAAAACCUAUUUUAAUGUUAAUUGAAUUAAUAGUUCAUUAUUUCUCUGACAACAUUUAUUGUCAGAGACGUGACUGCAUUAGUUUGAAACAACAUUUCAAAUGUUUUCUCCGUGUUCUAAGAUAUCUCAUCGCUUGGUGUAGCAAUCGCUCAUUUGUAUGUGUAUGUUUGUGUACAUGUAGUGUAUGAUGCCUUUGGGAAGAUGGGUAGUGAUGUGGCGGGGGGCAAUGUGAACAGGCCUGGGUCUCUCCAGGAGUGUCUGUCUGUCCAGGGACCCUCCUUUACUGGACAGUACUGCCAGGUCUUCCUGAAACAAGUGAGGAAAUAAACCUUUUUUUUUAUAUAUAUAGCCACACAACUACAACUCUCCAUUGUAGUGUUCUGUUCUAUUAUAUGUUAUUGUAUUGUAUUGUAUUCUAUUCUAUUCUAACUACAGUAUUCAGAUAAAUGAAUUACAGUACCAUAAUGUUGUUCUGACACAGGACCCAAUCCAGUACUUUGUUGGAAUAUGUGUUCCUGAUUCCUGUGUGGAAGAGGAGGUGCAGACACUAGUUGUUUACGGUCAGUAGCUUUGUCUGCAUUAAGCGUUACUUACAAUAGCAUGAAUAACAUUUAUAAUUAUCCAUAAAGCAUUUAUGAACAGUUAUAAGCAUUUUUAUGCCUCCCUUCAUUGUUAUUGUGACGUGUACACGUUGUGUCUGUGUCCCCAGAGACCUUCCAGCAGGCCAGGACCUCCCUGAUCCCUCCAGUACCGUCAUUUCUAGUGGCCCAGUCCACUCAGGGCCUGUUCAUGACCCGCUGUCUGUCCCGUACUGGUGCUCCAGACCUGUCUGUUGUCACCUGCCUGUGAGUACAGUUCAACCUAACCCCUGACCCCUGACCCCUGCCACUGACCCCGGUGUCUAACUCAUACUGGUGCUCCAGACCUGUCUGUUGUCACCUGCCUGUAAGUCAUAACUCUAACCCUAACCCCAACCCUAUCGAAUCUGCGUAGAUGAGAUACUUACAAAAAGGAUUUCAUUCUAAGUAUCUAACUAACAUUCACCUGCUGUAAUCGUCUAAAAUAAACGGGCCAAAAAAAGUGAUCUAGGACAUGCCCCCAGAUAGUCCAAAAACUCAAAUCCAGAAGUCCAAGAAAGUGAUUUGGGAUGUCUGACUAUGUCCCCAUCCGUCCGUCAGGUUUGUGUGUUGUGUGCUAGUGGCCGUCCCCUUGACUGCGACCCUGUUCGUGGCCAUAGUGAGGUGGCAGAGAAACAGAGAGGUCAGCCCUGGAGUGGAGUCUUCUUCUCUGAAAACCAGGGACCCAAACCUCUACGGGACCCUGAUGUCCAACGGCACCCCCAGUGGUGGAGGUAGUAACAACAGCUGCUCUGGACAACUGGACAGCCAGAUGGAGCAAUACACAGAGGAGGAAGAGGAAGAGGAGGACGAGGGCAGCAAGAAGAGUAUGUACAGCAUGCUUUAUAAUAGACUACACCACAAAUCUACAAAACCACUGGACUACCUGAUGUUUUGUCUGGGAUAUAUUUUUCAUAUUUAUUAAUACUGAACUUUGUUCGAUCUCAGAAAAAAAAAUGUUUUGUUGGAGGUGAAAAAAAGUUUUAUUGCAGGUGAAAAAGUGUCAUUGCAGGUGAACAAAAUGUUUUAUUGCAGGUGAAAAAAUGUCAUUGCAGGUGAAAAAAUGAUUUAUUGCAGGUGAAAAAGUGUCAUUGCAGGUGAAAAAGUGUCAUUGCAGGUUAAAAAAAAAGUGUCAUUGCAGGUGAAAAAGAGUAAUUGCAUACAUCAACAAAAAGUGUACACUGGAAUGAUUUGUCCUUCCUAACUAACCCACACUUCUGCUGUCUGCCUGCAGGUUGUAUGUACUCGUGGCUCCAGGCCUUCUCUUUCCAGGCCUGCAGCCAGGAGGUCCUUUCUACAACCAGCCCAGGUGGAGGCUACUCCUCCCUGAAUGGGAUCCGCAUCCUUAGCCUCCUAUGGAUCGUCUGUGGACACACCGUCCAGCUCAGCGCCUGGAACAACCUAGGUAUGUCUCAGAAGAAAUACUCACUCUCUGUACUGUAGCAAUUCUUGCGCCAAUGAAGCAAUUAUUGAAAACCGCGACAGUGUAACGCCCCUUGCGGGUCUCAAACCCAGGUCUCACAGCUUGUAGGCAGACCUGCCAACCACUGCUCCAAUAAGGGUUAACCCUUUUGGGGUGGAUUGUUACAGGCCUACCUAGGCAAGGCUUGUUACAACGCUAUCUACCGUAAAACUUUAAAUUAAUAGCCCAGCGUUUAUUUGCUUCAAUCACUGAACACAACAGGUGCUUAUUAGAGACAGGCUUCAAUUUGAGCCCAUCGUGGAAAACCCAUUGCGCUCGAGGAAAACCCAUUGCGCUCGAGGAAAACCCAUUGCGCUCGAGGAAAACCCAUUGCGCUUCGAGGAAAACCCACUGUGCUCGAGGAAAACCCAUUGCGCUUCGAGGAAAACCCACUGUGCUCGAGGAAAACCCAUUGUGCUCGAGGAAAACCCAUUGCGCUCGAGGAAAACCCAUUGCGCUCGAGGAAGACCCAUUGCGCUCGAGGAAGACCCAUUGCGCUCGAGGAAGACCCAUUGCGCUCGAGGAAGACCCAUUGCGCUUGAGGAAGACCCAUUGCGCUCGAGGAAGACCCAUUGCGCUUGAGGAAGACCCAUUGUGCUCGAGGAAGACCCAUUGCGCUCGAGGAAGACCCAUUGCGCUCGAGGAAGACCCAUUGCGCUCGAGGAAUUUGUCAAGCCAGCCUUUACUAGCAGCGAAGUCAGAGGCCCCACUGUCACUCACAGUGGUGUACAGUAGAUCUACUUUGCUUUCACCCGGAUCAUCUUGCAGGACACCCGGAGUCGGCUUUUGCGGGAAUAUCAGAGUGGUGUCCAUGGUAACCUCAUAAACAAUUAAUUUAGACCUGCCAUUUAUUUGAAACAGGCGUUUAUUUGCUGAAAUGUGUGCCGAUGCCCAGCUAUCAAAAGGGACAGGCGUCUAUUUGAUGCUCAGCGUUUAAUUGAAGUUUUACGGUAUACUAUCCUAUCUAUCUAAAAUACUUGAUGUAUGAAUUGGAUAUUAAUAUCAGCUAUUUACAGAUACAGAUAUACAAUUCACUGAUUACAGAUAAUGAAAAGAGAUGGAAAGAGACAGUGGAGAAAAACCCUCUGCAUGUGUUUGCCUUCAGUGGACCUGUCUAUCUGGCUGUGGAUACCUUUCUGCUCCUAGGGUGAGAACACGGCCCAGUUCAACUACACUCUUAGAAAAAAAGGCGCUAUCUAGAACCUUAAAGGGUUCUUCGGCUGUCCCCAUAGCAUAACCCUUUUUGGUUGCAGGUAGAACUCUUUUGGUUCCAGGUAGAACCCUUUUGGGUUCCAUGUAGAACCGUUUCUAAAGAGGGUUCUACAUGGAACUCAAAAGGGUUCUACCUGGAACCAAAAAGGGUUCUCCUAUGGGGACAGCUGAAGAACCCUUUUGGAACCCUUUUUUCUAAAAGUGUACUGCAUCCUUGCAUCAUUCCUUCCUCAUCUUCCUUGAAGUAAUCCCUGAUCUCUGCACCUGUCUGGUCUGUGUCCCAGGGGUCUUCUGAGUGCAAGGUCCCUGCUGGGGUCCAUCCAGAGAGCGGAGGACAAACUGAGUCCAGGUCUGGUGGCCAACUUCCUCUUCAAGAGGUUUAAAAGGUAGAUCCAUCACUCCUCAACCGUUAUUUAACCAGGAGAGACGCUCAGAGCUAAGUGUAAGGGUGACCUGGAUCUGUUUCUAGAACCGUGCUUUUCUUUACUGAUCAUUAUUGAUCUGUUAUUGUCCCUCCCUCCCAGAGUCCAGCCGCUGCACCUCUUCAUCAUGUGUCUCGCUAUCGGCCUCUUCUCUGUGGUCCAGAGAGGUGCAUUCUGGUUCAUCGCCGAGGACGAGAUCAGCAACUGUAAAAAGUACUGGUGGUCCAACCUGCUACUGGUCAACAACCUAUUGACCAUCACCGACAUAGUGAGAAUAACCCUAACCCCUGACCCUAACCACUACCCUAACCCUAAACCUACAGCUAACCUUACCCCUAACCCUAGCUUACUACUGGUCUACAACCUCUUCACCAUCAUUGACAUAGUGAGCCUUUUAGAUAACCUGUAACUGUCAUUUCCUUAGCGGUAGUAGUACUACACUGACAUGUUUGGACUGGUAGUAGCCACUACACUACAAUACAACUUUAUUCAUCCCUGAGGGGCAAUUCGUUCAGGGCUGACAGGGUGCUUCAGACAGGACAAACACACACAGACAGACAGCAAAAAUAAAAAAUAAAAUCUAUGACUGUUGGUUAUAACUGAGAUAAUGUAGAGGUCAUCUGUCAUUAUCUAUGACUGUUGGUUAUGACUGAGAUAAUGUAGAGGUCAUCUGUCAUUAUCUAUGACUGUUGGUUAUGACUGAGAUAAUGUAGAGGUCAUCUGUCAUUAUCUAUGACUGUUGGUUAUAACUGAGAUAAUGUAGAGGUCAUCUGUCAUUAUCUAUUACUGUUGGUUAUGACUGAGAUAAUGUAGAGGUCACCUGUCAUUAUCUAUGACUGUUGGUUAUGACUGAGAUAAUGUAGAGGUCAUCUGUCAUUAUCUAUGACUGUUGGUUAUGACUGAGAUAAUGUAGAGGUCAUCUGUCAUUAUCUAUGACUGUUGGUUAUAACUGAGAUAAUGUAGAGGUCAUCUGUCAUUAUCUAUUACUGUUGGUUAUGACUGAGAUAAUGUAGAGGUCAUCUGUCAUUAUCUAUGACUGUUGGUUAUGACUGAGAUAAUGUAGAGGUCAUCUGUCAUUAUCUAUGGCUGUUGGUUAUGACUGAGAUAAUGUAGAGGUCAUCUGACAUUAUCUAUGGCUGUUGGUUAUGACUGAGAUAAUGUAGAGGUCAUCUGUCAUUAUCUAUGGCUGUUGGUUAUGACUGAGAUAAUGUAGAGGUCAUCUGUCAUUAUCUAUGACUGUUGGUUAUGACUGAGAUAAUGUAGAGGUCAUCUGUCAUUAUCUAUGACUGUUGGUUAUGACUGAGAUAAUGUAGAGGUCAUCUGUCAUUAUCUAUGACUGUUGGUUAUGACUGAGAUAAUGUAGAGGUCAUCUGUCUCCACAGUGUGCUCCAUGGACCUGGUAUCUGUCCCUGGAUUUCCAGUUCUAUGCAACAACCCCCCUGCUCAUCUACCUCUAUAGACUGUAAGUAAUUCACACUGCAAAAUGGCUAUUAUAAUAUAUCUUUCUCAAUAAAUUAAUAGUCACAAAUGCCCUUCUCGCUCUUGUCUUUCAGGAACAAAGGUGUUCUGGUUGGCGUGGCUUCAGCUCUGCUGUUUCUGUCCAGCCUGACCAGUGCUUUACUCACUGCCCUCCUGCACCUCCCAGUUCACCAGCCUACCACACUGUAAGUUACCCAGCCUACCACACUGUAAGUUACCCAGCCUACCACACUGUAAGUUACCCAGCUUACCACACUGUAAGUUCACCAGCCUACCACACUGUAAGUUACCCAGACUACCACACUGUAAGUUACCCAGCCUACCACACUGUAAGUUACCCAGCCUACCACACUGUAAGUUACCCAGACUACCACACUGUAAGUUACCCAGCCUACCACACUGUAAGUUACCCAGACUACCACACUGUAAGUUCACCAGCCUACCACACUGUAAGUUACCCAGACUACCACACUGUAAGUUACCCAGCCUACCACACUGUAAGUUACCCAGACUACCACACUGUAAGUUACCCAGCCUACCACACUGUAAGUUACCCAGCCUACCACACUGUAAGUUACCCAGACUACCACACUGUAAGUUACCCAGCCUACCACACUGUAAGUUACCCAGCCUACCACACUGUAAGUUACCCAGACUACCACACUGUAAGUUACCCAGCCUACCACACUGUAAGUUACCCAGCCUACCACACUGUAAGUUACCCAGCCUACCACACUGUAAGUUACCCAGACUACCACACUGUAAGUUACCCAGCCUACCACACUGUAAGUUACCCAGCCUACCACACUGUAAGUUACCCAGACUACCACACUGUAAGUUACCCAGCCUACCACACUGUAAGUUACCCAGCCUACCACACUGUAAGUUACCCAGCCUACCACACUGUAAGUUACCCAGACUACCACACUGUAAGUUACCCAGCCUACCACACUGUAAGUUACCCAGCCUACCACACUGUAAGUUACCCAGACUACCACACUGUAAGUUCACUAGCCUACCACACUGUAAGUUACCCAGCCUACCACACUGUAAGUUCAACUGGUAACACUUUAACCAAAUUAUAAAGACAUAAUGAAGCCUUCAUUGACCCAUUAUAAUGACCUACAGAAAUCAUUAACACAUGAUUUAUAAGAAAAUGUAAAAAUAUAUUAACUCAAACCAGAUCAACUGUUACAGAUAUGAAUCACCCAAAAUGUCCAGUAUAAUGUAUUCUGCUCCAUUCCAACAUUACCGUUGUUGUUUAUGUUGUAUAUGGUCCAGAAAAUAUGAACGCUACUUCCAGUAUUACUACAAUAAACCGUACACCAGAUACGGGCCCUACCUGAUUGGGAUCCUGGCAGGGAUAAGCAUGACGACUAAGAAAGGCCACCUUUUAAAACAUCAGGUAAUAACAUGAAACAACUGAAUAACCUUUGCCUGCUUUACACUCAGUGAACUCAGUUGACCUACCUUUACAAUUUUGUGAACAGGGUUUACCCACUUUUUAACGCUACAUAAGCGUUUGUUUUCUCUGCAUAAAGGUUUACCUACCUGUGUUUCUUAACACUACAUUUCUGUUUUGUUUCAAUAAUGUAUCCCUCUCCUCUGCUGUGUAUGUGUAACAAACUCAGUGGCAGGCUGCAGUAGGUUGGUUCUGCUGCCUGUCAGUUAUGGCAGUGUUGGUAGGACUGGCCUAUGUCCUCCGGGAUGUCCCACCCCAGCCGUCUGCUCCUCACGCCCUCUACCAGGGGAUCCAUCGCUCCCUCUGGGCCCUGGCCGUGGCUUGGAUCAUACUGGCCUGUGAGGAGGGAUACGGAGGUGAGACCUGAGCACUGACACCUCCACCUACCACAAAGACACAUACAUACUCUACUGAAUAGACCUAGGGCUAGGAGUCUUUGAUGACCAUUUGAUCUGACCGGUAAAAAUCUGGGCCCUAGUCAUUUGCUAUAUUAGAGUCUUAGUUACAUAUUUGAGCAAAGGAUCAACGUUUUUCCUCAUGUGGUCAGGAAAAAUCCAUGGCCCUAAAACAAACCCAGUCUUCAGUAACUGCCCUGUCUUCAGUAACUGCCCAGUCUUCAGUAACUGCCCAGUCUUCAGUAACUUCCCAGUCUUCAGUAACUGCCCAGUCUUCAGUAACUUCCCAGUCUUCAGUAACUGCCCUGUCUUCAGUAACUGCCCAGUCUUCAGUAACUGCCCAAUCUUCAGUAACUGCCCAGUCUUCAGUAACUGCCCUGUCUUCAGUAACUUCCCAGUCUUCAGUAACUGCCCAGUCUUCAGUUACUGCCCUGUCUUCAGUAACUGCCCAGUAUUCAGUAACUGCCCAGUCUUCAGUAACUGCCCUGUCUUCAGUAACUGCCCUGUCUUCAGUAACUGCCCUGUGUCUCUGACGGUCUCUCACAUAAUCUAUUCUGUCCCUCUCUCUCUCUCUAGGAUUCAUUGAUAACCUCCUGUCACUAAAUCUGUGGGUUCCUCUGUCCAACAUCAGCUUUGCCUGUUACCUGAUCCAUCCUAUUCUUAUUAUACUGUACAACGGCAAGCAGGAGACUCCUAUACACUACACAGACAUGAACUUUGUGAGUAUUUCACACAGUAGUAACCUACUCCCAGAUAAGUGGCUGCUGCAUAGCCAACUUCUAUGGUUGUUAUCAUGCCCAAAAUAUAAUAUUAUGCUUGAAAUUGUUAGAUAUUACUUGUUAGAUAUUACUGCACUGUCGGAGCUAGAAGCACAAGCAUUUCGCUACACCCGCAAUAACAUCUGCUAAACACGUGUAUGUGACAAAUAACAUUUGAUUUGAUUUGAUUUGAAGGAGAUGAAUCUUCCUGGGAAUGAUGUGUUGUUUUCCUUUGUUUUCUUCACCUCCUCAGUUCUAUCUGUUCCUGGGUCACAUGAUUCUGACGGUGGUGAUUGGCUAUGUGCUGACCGUGUUGGUGGAGAAGCCCUACCUCUUCCUCAGGGGCAGUAAGGCUUAAGGACAUGACCCCCCAGACCGUCCUCCCUAGGACAUGACCCCCUAGACCGUCCUCCCUAGGACAUGACCCCCUAGACCGUCCUCCCUAGGACAUGACCCCUAGACCCCCCUCCCUAGGACAUGACCCCUAGACCGUCCUCCCUAGGACAUGACCCCUAGACCCCCCUCCCUAGGACAUGACCCCCUAGACCCCCCUCCCUAGGACAUGACCCCUAGACCCCCCUCCCUAGGACAUGACCCCUAAACCCCCCCUCCCUAGGACAUGACCCCCUAGACCGUCCUCCCUAGGACAUGACCCCCUAGACCGUCCUCCCUAGGACAUGACCCCCUAGACCGUCCUCCCUAGGACAUGACCCCUAGACCCCCCUCCCUAGGACAUGACCCCCUAGACCCCCCUCCCUUGGACAUGACCCCCCUCCCUAGGACAUGACACCUAUACCCCCCUCCCUAGGACAUGACCCCUAGACCCCCCUGCCUAGGACAUGACCCCUAGACCCCCCUCCCUAGGACAUGACCCCCCUCCCUAGGACAUGACCCCUAGACCCCCCUCCCUAGGACAUCACCCCUAGACCCCCCUCCCUAGGACAUGACCCCCCUCCCUAGGACAUGACCCCUAGACCGUCCUCCCUAGGACAUGACCCCCUAGACCGUCCUCCCUAGGACAUGACCCCUAGACCCCCCUCCCUAGGACAUGACCCCUAGACCCCCCUCCCUAGGACAUGACCCCUAGACCCCCCUCCCUAGGACAUGACCCCCUAGACCGUCCUCCCUAGGACAUGACCACCUAGACCGUCCUCCCUAGGACAUGACCCCUAGACCCCCCUCCCUAGGACAAGACCCCUAGACCCCCCUGCCUAGGACAUGACCCCUAGACCGUCCUCCCUAGGACAUGACCCCUAGACCGUCCUCCCUAGGACAUGACCCCUAGACCCCCCUCCCUAGGACAUGACCCCUAGACCGUCCUCCCUAGGACAUGACCCCCUAGACCGUCCUCCCUAGGACAUGACCCCCUAGACCGUCCUCCCUAGGACAUGACCACCUAGACCGUCCUCCCUAGGACAUGACCACCUAGACCCCCCUCCCUAGGACAUGACCCCUAGACCGUCCUCCCUAGGACAUGACCCCUAGACCCCCCUCCCUAGGACAUGACCCCCUAGACCCCCCCUCCCUAGGACAUGACCCCUAGACCGUCCUCCCUAGGACAUGACCCCUAGACCCCCCUGCCUAGGACAUGACCCCUAGACCGUCCUCCCUAGGACAUGACCACCUAGACCGUCCUCCCUAGGACAUGACCACCUAGACCCCCCUGCCUAGGACAUGACCCCUAGACCGUCCUCCCUAGGACAUGACCCCUAGACCGUCCUCCCUAGGACAUGACCCCUAGACCCCCCUCCCUAGGACAUGACCCCUAGACCCCCCUCCCUAGGACAUGACCCCUAGACCGUCCUCCCUAGGACAUGACCCCCUAGACCGUCCUCCCUAGGACAUGACCCCUAGACCCCCCUCCCUAGGACAUGACCCCUAGACCCCCCUCCCUAGGACAUGACCCCUAGACCCCCCUGCCUAGGACAUGACCCCUAGACCGUCCUCCCUAGGACAUGACCACCUAGACCGUCCUCCCUAGGACAUGACCACCUAGACCCCCCUCCCUAGGACAUGACCCCUAGACCCCCCUGCCUAGGACAUGACCCCUAGACCGUCCUCCCUAGGACAUGACCCCUAGACCCCCCUCCCUAGGAUAUGACCCCUAGACCCCCCUCCCUAGGACAUGACCCCUAGACCCCCUCCCUAGGACAUGACCCCCUAGACCACCCUCCCUAGGACAUGACCCCUAGACCCCCCUCCCUAGGACAUGACCCCCUAGACCACCCUGCCUAGGACAUGACCCCUAGACCCCCCUCCCUAGGACAUGACCUCCUAGACCCCCCCUCCCUAGGACAUGACCCCUAGACCCCCCUCCCUAGGACAUGACCUCCUAGACCCCCCUCCCUAGGACAAGACCCCUAGACCCCCCUCCCUAGGACAUGACCCCUAGACCCCCCUCCCUAGGACAUGACCCCUAGACCCCCCUCCCUAGGACAUGACCCCCCAGACCGUCCUCCCUAGGACAUGACCCCUAGACCCCCCUCCCUAGGACAUGACCCCCCUCCCUAGGACAUGACCCCUAGACCCCCCUCCCUAGGACAUGACCUCCUAGACCCCCCUGCCUAGGCACGCCUGUAGAUCUGAAAGGAUUGGAUAGCUGUGAACAGUAUGGCCAUAAAUUAAAGGAAUGAUGUAUGGGCUGAUUUAUAAAGAUGACUGUAUUCACUGUAAGAUGUGAGGUGUAAACCAUUGUAUAAUUUGUCACGUAUAAAACUGAAACACAGAGUCUGAAAAGAGUGGUAUGUUAGAAUGUAAUCCUAUUUCUAUGGUUCUAAUGUUUUACGCUGACUGUAGUAUUAGGGUACGAUGUUACUUGUAAAGCCAAGCAGUAUAUCACAGGAGUGGGUUAAUAGAGAAUUGUUUGUGGGUCUCUCAUCCACCAUGGCCUUUACCACUGUCUGCAUGACCCCACAAUCUAACUUAUGUCACUGUAAUCAACCGAUUGCUGACACAAAUUAAUACUUUUCACACUUAGGACUAAUUUCUCCUGAUUGAAGAGGUCAGAUUCUUAAGUACAAUUAGUGUAUAAUUAUCUCCAUCCAAUUUCAUAAUUUAACUUUUUGAAAGGUUAACGUCAGUGGCACUCACAGUCAGUGGUGAUUUUAGCAUGUAAAUCUUGGUGGGGCAAACUCCCCCAAAAAUGUUUGGAUGCAUGCCAGCAAAGCCACUACACUACACAACACAACACAAAAUAAUACAUUAAUUGCACUAUAACGGUGACAAACGGUGCCCACAAACUGUCAGGGCCUCCAUAAAGCUGUCCCAACAGCAGAGCUUUCUUUUCAGCACCAUGGAGUGAAUCCUUACCACUGCUACACCUGGCUAUCAGCAGAGCCUUGUCUGGCAGCGAAACAGUUCAUUCAGCCUCAUUUACUGCCUUUUUAAAAAACAUAGCUGAUAUGGCUGACUUGCUUAUACAAAUGAGGCAAUCCGUAAUUUCGAUUAAGACAUUAAUGAGCGAGCUAGGACAGACGUAGUCAAUAUAACUAUUUGUUCAGCACUUUUGAAAUGUACAGCGACAGAAUUCAGAACAUGGGCCGUUCUUACAGUAUUCUCCCUGUACACCAAGUCAGAACCGUAGGAUAAAUAAAGGGGGCAUAUAAGCAGACAAUGAAAGCUCUUACAAUAUUCGAUGAUUACAUUUCUCUAUAACAGGUUAUAGGCUACAUGUGCACCACCAAGUCAGAACAGUAGGCGAAAUUAAGAGGGCAAAAUAGACCAAAUUAUUAGGGUGAGGCACAUGGGCUACUAACAGCUUACUACACAACAUACACUUAGUUUUACUUUCUUAGCUACAGUAUACAUAUCUCCCUGGCAUAUUACAUCAUUUAUACAGCAGCGUACAAUACAUUUUUGGACUCACCUUGUUGUGCUCACUUGAACAGGAAGGUGGCGUGUCAUCAAACUUUGUCAUCAAAGUCUGCCAUUCUCUGGAUUUAUGGUGCUUUCAAGACAACUGGGAACUCGAAAAAAACCAAUGUCGAAUCAUGACGUCAGUGAUUUUCAGGUCGGAGCUCUAGAAAGAGGCCAGAGUUCCCGACCUGGAAAUUCCGAGUUGGAUGACCGUUCAAAACGUAUUUUCCCAGUCGGAGCUUGUUAUUUUCAGAGUUCCCAGUUGUUUUGAACUCACUGAAGUCUGAGAUUUCCCAGUUCUGAGUUUCCAGUUGUUUUGAACGCGGCAGAAGUCAUUCUGGAUUGACAGCAUGGCCAAUGUAUUCAACCUUUUCUGGCCCGUGGUGUUGAAUGUUUAUCCUUUUAAGCUUGGAAAAGAGACCCUUAAACCCAGACUUGGGACAACACAUCCACUCCACUGAAUAGCAGGCUAGUGAUUGCUUUGCAAUGCUUGCAGUUAGCCACUGAUUCCUUCCAAACCACUCAUUGUUGAAUUUGCGAUUUCCAACUUUGUUGUGUAAUGUUUAUGUCCAAUGGCCGAUGAGCACUGAUACGUUUUAUCUAUAAUUUAUCUUCAUAUGACAAGGAUUGAAAAGGAUUUGCCAGUAAAUUGUUGACAUGAUUCAUGAUGAUGACUGCUUGUCUAGCUUGCUAGCUAAGAUGUUGAAAGUAUGAUAUUGGCAUGAUCAGUCCAAUCAACGCUACGGUAGCUAUAACGUGAUUUGACGUGGCCAAGGACCUUGAGCCUUCUUGGAUGGGCACUUCUAAUGUAACUCUACGGCAGCACCCAAGGGGCUUGUAUUUUUCGAGCUCUCCCCGUAGAUUUUGCGGUGAUGUAGUGUCCCCAUGAGUGACAGAACACUGAGCCAAUCAUGGCGCAACUAGAGAACAUUACCAACCCCUACGCUCCGUAUUUUCUCCUGGCUGCCCCACCACCACAGAAAGCACUGAGCUAGGCUGAAACACCUGCAUUAUGGAGCUGCCUCUCUCAAUAAAGCAAAAAAGAGACCAUGUUUGUCUGUGGCUUUAUUAACUCAAUUAUAUAUAUUUUUUUACAUUGUUUGCGAACGGACAUGUGACAGGUAUUUAUUAUUUAUAUGUAUAUUAUUUAUUUUUUAGCUAAACAGUGAGCCCCACCUGCCCUGAAUGACCUAACCUACUGUACAUGUAGUUCCACUGAGGACCAAGACAUGUUAAGGUGAAGAAUGGGGUCCUCUAGUGGUAAGUGUGAGGAAUGACAGGCGACUAUAUAAAGCCCGUGAGCCAGUAGGAUACCUGAGUAUGUGAUUAUCCCGACCACUAGAGAAUGGCAAAGAGAGAGAGAGAGAGAGAGUGGUAAAGAGAGCGAGUGAAAAGUUAGUGGUCAUACGCACAUCCUUAAAAAACUGGAUGUGCUGGGCUAAUAAAUCAUACCUGUAAAGAACAGGAAGGCCCGCACACUGUUUAUGCUCCCAAAUCACAGCUUUAUUGACAACGUUUCGAUCCGAAACGGAUCUUCGUCAGGUCAAACAGACUGAGUACUCACAUUCCAAAAGAGAGAGAGAGUGACUAAUCAGGGUCUUCCAUCAGGAGACACUCAGUAGGUCAUCAUGACGCGAGCAUGCAAGGCAGAGCUCUUCUAGCGCUGGACUGACGACUGAUGCUCUAUAAUUGGGGGAUUGAUGUCUAACAUGUUAGGCUACUUGCUGGGAAAUGGGCGUUAGUGCUUCGUGGUGUCACAUUUAAGAUCCCCUCCUACCCGUCACAGAAAGACAGCCACUGCCAGUCACUAUGUGCAUCAAUAUGGUGGCUUAUUGCAGGGAGUAAUAUUCUGGAAAUUCUGUCUGUUGGUAUGUGAGGUACUGGUGUAUGGCUCCUAUUAGCUUGUUACCCUCAGGUAAAGAGAAGUGUAUGUGUUUAUUUAACCAUUAUUUAACAAGGUUAGUCAGUUAAGAAUACUUUCUAAAUGACAUUGGCAGCCUGGCAUCUGUCCUGUCUGCUACUAUAGUUCUUAAACGUUUCCUUGGACGGUUUGACAGUGGUUCUAAGAUUCAUUUGAGUGCAUUUAUUUCUAUUCAGUGGGAUUAUGAGGUUAAUAGUCUGUCACAAGACACUAUUUUACUGUAAACCCUAUGAUGCUCCGAUUCCAGAGUUACGCCACACAUCUGAACUCUGGCGCGGUGGCAAAGGGAAAAUACCCCCUGUGUGCAUCUGACUGACGUCCGUGUACCAAGAAGUCAGUCAGGAGUGAAGAGCUGAGCUGCCUUUCGUGUGUAACACCAUUAUCCACCUGGCCUGCCCUAGGAGUCACAACAGGCUAGCAGGCUAGCAGGAUGGUGGUGGGAGGGAAGGGCCGUCCGGGCACUGAGUCUUAGCUGCAACAACACAUUUUAAAUAUAACUGCCUUUGGAAAGCUGACACCAACCCUCCGCAUGUCUCUGACACCGACUCCUAGAGAUGAUAAGAUUGAGGCUGGGACUGAAGGAGGAUAUCGUUCACAGUGUAGGAGCUCAACAACAACAAAUGAUCUGCCAUGGGCUAUUGCACUUACAGGGCUGUCAAAGUGGUGUUACAAAGUAGCCAUGACAUGUUGAGGCCCACAACAUUGAGACAACAUUGUGUGAUGGUUGUGUGUUUUCUGGGUCUUUCGUGGGUCUAAAGCACAGCUACAGUAUACUCCAUAGAUAUAGCCUCUAACAAGAACAUGAUCCUGAAGAGCAUUGUAGCAUUAAUUGCAACCACCAUAGCAUACAACACAGUGCAGUAUGUCACAUUCACAGUCUGAAUGCAGCCCUCUGAUGCAACCAAGGUGCAUGAACAGUAGAGAAGACUGAAGAUACGUCCAUGCUUUCUCUCUGCACUGAUCUGACCUCUGACCUCCUGUUUGUUUUCAUUCAACCACACCCCCCCUGCAGCUGCUCAUCAACUGAAUAUUCCUCAAAGAGAUCUUUAAUGGCCUUCUAGAAAGCCAGACAGCUGAGUGUCACAUACAGCCUCCUCCCUCCUGUAGACAGGAACACAUACAGCCUCCUCCCUCCUGUAGACAGGAACACAUACAGCCUCCUCCCUCCUGUAGACAGGAACACAUACAGCCUCCUCCCUCCUGUAGACAGGAACACAUACAGCCUCCUCCCUCCUGUAGACAGGAACACAUACAGCCUCCUCCCUCCUGUAGACAGGAACACAUACAGCCUCCUCCCUCCUGUAGACAGGAACACAUACAGCCUCCUCCCUCCUGUAGACAGGAACACAUACAGCCUCCUCCCUCCUGUAGACAGGAACACAUACAGCCUCCUCCCUCCUGUAGACAGGAACACAUACAGCCUCCUCCCUCCUGUAGACCGGAACACAUACAGCCUUCCUCCCUCCUGUAGACAGGAACACAUACAGCCUCCUCCCUCCUGUAGACAGGAACACAUACAGCCUCCUCCCUCCUGUAGACAGGAACACAUACAGCCUUCCUCCCUCCUGUAGACAGGAACACAUACAGCCUCCUCCCUCCUGUAGACAGGAAGCAUUAA